AUACCGCGCAGUUUCAGUCGAUUCGACCUUGGGUAGUGCAUUUGGAACAGCAUGUCUUCAGAGUUUGGGUUCGACCUAGACGAGGUCGCUGCAGCUUUUCAUCCGAAGGAGGCGACAUCUGAGACAACAGCUGAACGUAUCGAGGCUUUACAGUCUGAUGAAUUCAAGGAGCGGAGAAAGAAAGCAGAGGAGUCACUCAGGCCUUUAUUGAAUGAAGUUGAACAAGUCUCAGGGAGUUGUAGUACUUCUUCUUUGAAACAACCGAAAUUACUUGUCGGUGGUGUCCUCGACUUGAAUGCGCCUAGAAUUAAAAUAUACAAGAUCACUUCACCAGCAUCAUGUAAACAUGAGGUGGCUAUUCCUCCAGGUGUACAGUAUAAACCAUUAACUAAAGCAACUGGUCAACCAGCAAAAACCUAUCCCUUUACUUUGGAUGCAUUUCAACAACAAGCUAUCACUUGUAUUGAUAAUAAUCAAUCGGUGUUACUGUCAGCUCACACUUCUGCUGGGAAGACAGUUGUCGCGGAGUAUGCGAUUGCAACUGCCCUACGUGGAAAACAACGUGUAAUUUAUACUACUCCGAUUAAAGCACUCAGCAAUCAAAAGUACAGAGAGUUUUUUGAAGCUUUCCCAGAAGUUGGAUUGUUAACUGGUGAUGCUUCAAUCAAUCCUAGUGCUAGUGUAUUGAUUAUGACAACAGAAAUUCUUCAAUCCAUGUUGUACAAAGGUGCUUCAAUGAUGCGAGAGGUUGGCUGGGUUAUAUUUGACGAAAUCCAUUAUAUGCGCGAUCCUGAACGUGGAGUUGUAUGGGAAGAAACUAUAGUACUUCUGCCUGAUAAUGUUCGUUUUGUCUUCCUGAGUGCUACAAUUCCUAAUGCUCGACAAUUCGCCGAAUGGAUUGCCCAUCUUCAUCAUCAACCAUGUCAUGUCAUCUCCUCUGAAUAUCGUCCUGUUCCUUUACGGCAUUAUCUUUAUCCUGCGGGGAGUAACGGCUUAUUUCUUGUAUUAGAUGAGGGAAAAUAUAUAGAAGAAAAUUUUGAAAGAGCAAUGCGCUCAUUCACGACGGCUCCAUCAACAAGUGAUGUCAAAAGAUCUCGGGAUCAAAAUACACGCUCCGGGAACGAUGUGAUUCAGAUUGUUCAACUUGUGAAACAUCGUAAUCUCGAGCCGAUUAUUGUAUUUAGUUUUAGUAAAAAGGAAUGCGAAAUCUAUGCACUACAGCUAGCUCAAUUCGAUUUCACUAGUGAUGCUGAAAAGGAAAUCAUUGAAGAGGUAUUCCGUAAUGCUACAGAUGGUCUUUCCCCUGAAGAUCGUGCACUACCUCAAGUGGAAAGUAUCCUCCCCUUACUUAAACGUGGUAUUGGCAUUCAUCAUGGAGGUUUACUGCCCUUAUUGAAGGAAAUAACGGAGAUAUUAUUUUCGGAGAAUUUGAUUAAGUGUCUCUUCGCUACUGAAACCUUCGCUAUGGGUUUGAAUAUGCCAGCCAGAACGGUCUUGUUUACAUCAGCACGGAAAUACGACGGGAAAUCGUAUCGUUGGAUCACAUCUGGUGAAUAUAUACAAAUGUCCGGUCGUGCUGGUCGUCGUGGUAAAGAUGUCAGUGGUACAGUAAUCCUAAUGGUUGAUGAAUCAAUGAGCAGUGAUGUAGCUCAUCGGAUCAUGCGUGGACCAGCGCCACCACUCAACUCAGCCUUUCAUAUCACCUACAAUAUGCUGGUAAAUUUACUACGUGUUGAAGAAAUCAAUCCUGAAUUUAUGAUGGAGAAAAGUUUUUGUCAGUUUCAAAAUUAUGCCAGUUUGCCUGAAAUAUCUCAAGAAUUGACUGAAUUACGCACAAUGUAUGAAUCAAUGGCUGUCGAAGAUGAAGAGUCCGUUGAAUCAUAUCAUCAGAUUAAAUCGUGUUUAAAUGAUUUAGUUUCACAACAAUGGCAGUAUAUACGACGUCCACAGUAUAUUGUACCGUUUCUUCAACCAGGACGUCUUGUUCAAGUCACUGUGGACUCAAUUUCGUAUGGAUGGGGUGUAGCAAUCAACUUGAAGAAACGUCAAUGUAUUGAUCGGUCAUCUAGACCUGAUUCCUUUUAUAUUUUAGACUGUCUACUUCGUUGUAAUCCAUCGAAACAAGAGAAAAGCGAUCCAGCUUGUACAAAACUUGAAGAAAAUACACCGCCUGAGAAUGCUGCUACUCAUCCUGGGAAUUGUUCAGAAACUGUCAAUGAGAAUGUUGAUGGUGUCAAUUCAGAACCUGUUGAUGGCAACACCUGUAGUAGUAGUAGUGGCGGUACCCAGUCAUCCCCUGAGAUAAUACCAAUCAAAUUGGACUGUAUUGUUGGCAUUAGUGCUAUACGCUUAGUGUUACCAAGCGAUCUCCGGCAGAAGGAAGCUAGACAGGAUGUUUAUGGAUCGAUAAAAAAUGUUGAAGCUCAUAUGGAUGGUCAUUUACCGAUGUUAGAUCCUGUGAAAGAUAUGAAUAUUACGGAUCCAAAAUUUACUGAAAUAAAUGAGAAAGUGGAUGCUUUUCAAGAACGCUUACAUCACCAUUGGUUACAUGAUGAUCCUCGUUUGCCUGAAUUGUUAAAAGUAUAUGAAAAGAAAAAAGAAAUAUGUACACGCAUGGACACUUUGACGACAACUUUGAAUAGUAAAGUUUCACUCAUACAACUGGAAGAAUUAUCUGCACGUAAACGUAUCCUUAGACGAUUGAAUUUUGUUUCAGAACAUGAUGUAGUUCAGUUAAAAGGUUUUGUAGCUUGUGAAAUUACAUCAGCUGAUGAACUCUUAUUAACUGAACUGUUAUUCGAUGGAGUCUUUAAUCGGCUAUCAGCUGAGCAUACUGCAGCACUACUCUCGUGUUUUGUAGUCAGUGAAAGGACUGGUAAAAUGCCGAAAUUAACUAAAGAGUUGGCCGAUGCAUUACAUACAUUACAACUUUUGUAGAGCUCUCUUUUUUACUUGUCUCAUCAUUAGGUUUAGAAAUCCGUCAACAAGUUGUCCAUUUUUGUCAGCCUACUACUGGUGUUGAUCAAAUCGCCACACUACGUAUUAUCAUUGUGAACAGAACUUGGAAUGGCUCUCACCUCUCUAUCUCACUCAACUUCAUUGACUUUGAAAAGGCCUUCGAUAGCGCAGCGUCGAUUGCGAGGUGAUUUGGCAACCACUUCGCUACUAUCAUGGGGUCCUGACGACAAUUAUACAUGUCAUCCAACAGUUGUACAACAAAGCUGUGCAUGCCAAGUAAUCCACAACGGGAAACUUACGGAAUCCUUCGAAAUCGAGAUUGGAGUAAGACAAGCUGGCUGUCUAGUAUCGAUGAUUUUCCUGAUUGUAGUAGAUUGAAUAAUGCGACAGAAUAGCGGUCCAAGCAAUGAGGAAAUAGGCAUAAAAUGGAAUCACACAAAAAAAUAACUUGGAGCAUCUGGACUUCGCCGAUGUGAUAUAUAUGUCUGAUUUCCCACAAAG